UGUCAUGGGAACAGCUUAGUAAAAAAAAAAAAAGUGGCAAUGAGGUAGAUUGUGUGACUGUAAAAAAUACUUGGGGAUUCUAUAUAUUGCUCUUCACUUCAUAAUCAGAUGCACAAACCCGCAAGGAGCCAUCAGUGCAAACAUGGUCAUGUAGGAUCUAUGUCAACCAAGAAUGGUGGGCCAAGCUCCCUUUACAAGCUUAGACACAUCACUUCUGCCUCACCACCUCUGCCAUCAGGUUCAUCUUCACCGGGCUAUGGCGUCCCUCUCAGUAAUGAAACCGAAUCACAACCUGAAGGAGGAACCCCCCCUGCAGCAGCAGCAGCACUUCAAGCGUGGGGGUUCGAGGGUCUACUACGCCUCGGAGAACGGCUGUUGGCCUGCCAAUAGCUUACCCAAGGACUUCUGGUCCCGCCCCCGAGUGCAGAAAGAGCCGGUGAUCUAUGAGAUUGGGGAAGAGGCCUUAAGCUCAGGGGAGGAAGCCCCCGAGGGGGAGGCAUCGCCCGGAGAAUUUAUCCGGGGAUCGCUCAGGGGCUCCCCUUCCCAAAGGUCGCAAGACUCCGGGUACUCGGACUCGGGGGAGUCGACCAAUGCCCACAACGAUGGCGACCCAUCUUCCCCGUCGUCUUCGCUACCCAACGUGAAGCACAUCACCCGCAUCUACUUCGGGGAGAGCCCCCACUUGUUCAACGACAAGAUCGUCACGAUGCCCAAGAACGCGAAUUCGACUACGGAGUCUGGCGCCAACGCGAAUUCCGGAAGUUCGAGCCUUCCGGACAUCUGCCAAAUCAAAGCAGCCAACAGUAAGGCCGUCCAGAGGGUCCGCAUGGCCAGCUUAGAAGAGCUGGCGGAGGAGCUGGAGCAUAAAAGCGUUCUGGAAGCUGCGACCACCAGACGCACCGGCGCCAUCAGGAAGAGAAGCGCCACGAACGCCGCGACGUCCAACUCCCGAAGGCUGCAGAGGCGCAGCAGCAGCGUCGAGAAGAUGCCCUCCGAUACCCAGAGUGAACAUUCCCGGCGACCUGCGAAUACCAGAUCUCGGCGACGGUGGUCCGUCGGCGACAUCCAACCUGUGCAGGGUCACAAGUCUCGAAGGCAAAACCACGUGGAAAUAGUCCAGGUCAUUGCUGCUGACAGUAGAAAGAGCUCGGAAAUAGAGAACCGUUGGCCCCCUUGCAUCGCCAAGGAUCACCGGGAGCAACCGUCAGCAAUCGCAAAGGAAAUGAGAAACGAUUCCCUGCAGCAGUGGCUCAAAGAGCUUCACGUCCUGUAUGAAGCAGAGUGCAUGAACACACUCCAGUCGAAGUCGCUGCCGGGGGAGUGUAUAGACGUGCCCAACCACUCAGCCACAAGGCAUGCUGUCAGAGCCAUCCAGCGGAGGGCGCACACCGUCUCCACGGAGUUUGCUCGUCUUUGCCAGCGCCUGGAAUGGCUGGAACUCUCGCAGGUUCCUGUUUUAUCAGAAUCCCUGGUGGGCCACAUCCAGACCUUCCUGAGAGAUUACACCACCCAGUGGACGGCGGCCAACCCCGACCUCCAGCCACAGUCAUCUUUGGGUCGUCAGAGCAGAGUGAUCCAGCAGAUUUGCCAGAGGCUGAUGGAGAACAGUAGCAAAGACAACGAAGACUCUGACGGCGAGAGAACCCGGCAGGUAGUCCAGGUGGUCACAGCGCUGGGGCACGCAUUCACAAAACUGGUCGACCUAAUGCUCAGUAGGGAAAUAAAGGUAGUGAUACGGGCGAUAGAGGAGCCCCUCGGAAAAUCUGAAGCAAUGUCCGCCGUCAUUCUCAUGACGACCUUGGGGAUAGACGGCGGUCACAUCUGCCGUCUCAUAGCCGUCCUCGGAGGCGUUAGAGCCCUGCUGGGCCUGUGUCUCGAGCCAAGGCUGAGAUGCGUGCGAGUCGAGGCCCUUCGAGCAUUAGCAACUGUCUGCUGCGUGGUCGAAGGAAUCGUUGAAUUAGAUAGGGCUGGAGGCAUUGAAGUUGUAGCAGAAAUCUUGUGCGAUUCUGACUGUCCCGAAGAUGAGAGGAGUGAGGCUGCGGGUGUACUGGCGCAAGUUACAUCUCCCUGGGUUGAAAAUAAUCACAGGAUCACAGCCCUUUAUGAACACGUCGAAUCUAUAAUUAUUGCUCUCACGGACUUGGCGGGGUCCACGAAGACACCCGAGAUCUACCUUCUGGCGUCAGCGGCUCUGGCCAAUUUAACUUUCCUGGACGGAGGCUGCGUGGAUGCCAUGUUGUCUGCUGGAACCGCCCGUGCCCUUCUGCGCGCCGCCAAGACCAGCCUUGCUGCCUCUAUAUUCACCAAAGAUCAAAUAGCUACUGUCCUGGCCAACCUGUGUGGAAGCCGAGAAGCCGCCGAGGAAGUAGUGGGCCACGGGGGCGUGGCCGUCCUCCUUAAUUUGCUCAACACCCGCCCACCCCCGAGCCACCGCUUGCCUGAAGUGACCACGGCCGAGAGAGUUCAACAGAAAGCAGCCAUUGCUCUGUCCAGAUUAUGCGUCAGUCGGACAGUGGCACGCUGCGUCGUUGCCAGCGGAGGAGCCGAGCGUCUGGUUCGACUCUGCAAAGACGAGCACGAGAGAAAUCAGAGUGACGCAGUCCUCGUAGCCUGUCUGGCAGCGCUAAGGAAGAUGGCAUCUUCCCUUGGCUUAGAUGAACUGAGGGAGGUGGACGCUGCCGAAUUGGUGGAGCCCCGUCUUCUAGAUUCAUUUCUAAUCUAUUCAUCAAGACAAGAAAGCUUCGUCUAAAUUUACCUUUCUAAUCUGUUCAUCAAGACGAGAAAGUUAUAUAAACUUAUUAAAAAGCAUUUCAUAACACCGACCGCCACCAUUAAUUACCUUGCAAACAUCAAGUGGAGUAAAUAAAUAAAAAGAGCCAUGAUUCCCUAGGCAAAUGGCGUAAUGGAAUAAUGUUCAUUUUCUUCGCUGUCCUGAUUUUCAGUAACGAAUCCUUCUGUUUUUAUUGUACAUUAGUAUUAUUUUAAUUGUACUGUCAACUUUUUUGUAGUAUACGUAAAUUUGACAGUUAACAGCUCACAAUCUUGCGGAUUGUCACUUUGGUAAAGAAUGAUCAAUUUUACAUGGUUAUAGUUAAGGUAUCAGUAUUUUAAUGUAUUAUGUACUGGUUGACCAUAGUCCUAAAUUGCGGUGGCAUUAUUAUUCAUUGAUUUGUCAGAAAUAAUCAUUAACGAAUAUAUAUUUGAAAAUUCCAGUAGGAUGUAAAUUGAUGAAUUGCGUAAUAAUGCAACGAACGUUAUUUAAGCUACGAAACUAUUCGAGAGUAAGUUUGUUGCGUGUGUAUAUUAUUUAUAAGGUCAUUCAUUAACAAUGCUUAGGUUAUCAUCAUCCUUUUACCAUUAAAUACACAUAUCAGCCAUAAUUCUAAAACUCUGAAUACGAAUUGAGCAAUGAGGGACACUAUAUAAAGUUAUGGUCCCAUAAUAUUUUAGAAUUAUAACUACAAUCUGCCAUGUAUAUGUAUGACUUUACUAUAUAGUAUUAUUACAAACUUGUAAUCAUCCCUCCUCAUACCACGGGCUUUUGUAAAAAGUUCUCUUUUCCUUAUUUUAAGGCCAUACACCGAACUCCUAGUCAUUCCUGUACAGCAAAUAUAAAAACCCCUUUUUGUUUGAAGUGCCUCUUAAGAUGCUCGAGUGACAAAAUUGGUUUAAUACAACAAACGAGGGUCUUCUUAAAGCUGACAUCUGUGGUUAUUAUAACAAUUUAAGAUAGGUCUGCAGUACUAUAUAUUUACUCAGAAAGGUCCAAAGUAACUAUAUAUUUACUCAGAAAGGUCCAAAGUAAAGGCGAAAUAACAUGGAAAGCUACUCACCCUAGCUAUGGUGCAAAGAAGGACCUGCAUAACUAACGACUUGAUUUCACGUCUUCUCUCUGAGUUAACAUCCACUGGCCAAAUACAGAUGAAAAUUAUGAUUCUUCUCAACAAAGGCCAUUUUCCAUUCUGGUUCUGCGAAAUAUAAAACGCGUCAAUUUCAAGAAUAUCAAUUACAUAGAUACUUGCGUAAUUUAAAAGUUAUCGUCUGAGGUAUUUUUUUUAUCAAGGAGAGGUUUGUAAUUUUGAAUGUAUAAUGGAAACUGCAUUCAUUGUAUAAUUGUUCACAUAUCUAUAUUUUUUGAAUAAAGAUGAAUAAAUUAC